AUGACAUCUUGCGAUUUAAUCUGGGUGGAUAUUGCAUGCAUCAACCAAACUGUCGACUCCCCGGAGAAGGCAAAAGAGAUCGGUCGGCAGGCACGGAUAUUCCGAAAUGCUCACCAAGCCUUCAUCUGGUUACUUAGUGAACAGAAGGAGCCAGACCGCAGUUCAGCACCCUAUGAACAAUCUCCCCGCGAUCUUUUCUGCUUACUUGAAAGAUCCUCCCUCCGAGCAGAAGCUUCCUAUCAACAAUGGCUUUCCGGCAACAACAUUUUGAAGCUGGGAGGCCAUGAUGAGAGUGAUGAGAAGAAAGAAUUGAGCUUCAACACCAUGGCCUUUGACUGGAUAGCCGACGCUACAAGAUCGAUCUCCUUGCUCACUCAAAUCCCUUGGUUCAGUUCCCUUUGGACUCUGCAAGAAGCCAUUCUGCAACCGAAUUCCAUAUUUUUGGAUCGCCAAGGCUCCAAGGUGUUAUCUGAGAAAGGAGACGUCUUCACAUUGCAGUACAUGCUGGCCUUCUGCAAGCAACUCCACCAAGCCAUGUCUAUCUCGAUGCUUCCUCUUGCGAUGAAAGGGGUGAGAGACACGGUCGUGGUCAUGCAACGAGUGCUCGUCAAUAAAAUCCAAGACGCUGGGUUAGAGGCUUUGGCUGAUCGGGACCGUCUCACUUUGUACAAAUGUGCACAUUUGAGAAAGGCCAAGGACCCUCUGGACAAGAUUUAUGGAAUCAUGCAAGUUUGGGAAUUUCAGCUUGGAAAAUCAGCACCUGUGGGAGACAAGGCUUGA